CUACUUUCCCACCUGGACGGAGCAGUCAAUCUAGCAGAAGCAGAAAAAUGAAGGCCUCCUGCCUCUUCUCCUGCUUCUCCCUGCUGAGCUUCUGUGUCUGUUUCCCCCUGGAUGAGGGGCAGGCAUUGGGCCAGAAGGCCAGCCUCUGGGUCCCCGGAGCUGCCAAGUGGAAGUGUUCGCCUGGAGACCUCAAGUCCCUCCUCAGCAUCGCCAGGGAACUACAGGGGUUUGAGAAGGAGCGAGCUGGCAUCCGCCUCCGCUUCGGGAGGGAGAGAGGAGGAGGUCCAGAAGAUGAGAAUGAAGCCGCCAACUACCUGCCAGAGGAGGCAGGUGAGAAGAGGGCUGGCACUUUGGGGAACCUUGCUGAGGAGCUGAAUGGCUACAGCCGGAAGAAGGGAGGCUUCAGCUUCCGCUUUGGGCGACGGAGGACAACAGCUCUCUUCUGAAGUCCACUGUCCACCCACUUCGGCUGUGGAAGUCCUUCCUUAUCUGUCCUGUGCUACAUCUUCAACACUCUUGGGAUGACCAGCAGUGCCCUCACCCCUGAUUUCAUCCUUCUGUUGCCUCAUACAACACAAGCAUUUCUCAUUUUCCUGUUCCCUAUUCUGCAAAAUCUUGUUUUUCGCAAAAGGGGGUCAAGAAGGGAUUGAUUCCACAACAGUCUCCUCCUUUCCACUGACUUCAGCUGUUCUCAUUCGGCAGCUCAGUCUCAAGGCUACUUCUGCGUGUUUUGCAGGAAGGGAGAACAGUGCAGAAGAGAUCCCCCCCCCAACGCUACAAUUUCCCCCCUGCAAUGCCUGACCGUAAAGGAACAUUGGGAGCAUAGAUCACAGUCUUCAUUCAUGGAGGGCACCUCUGAAACUCAAGAAGACCUGGCUGGUGCUUUUAAGAACUGAGCAAAUGCUUGAGAGAAAGAGUGGGGAACGGUUUUCAGCUCAAGGGCCACAUUCCCUUCUGGGAGUCAUGGGCCAGUGGUGGGUGGGGCCCAAAGCAAAUGUGGGUGGAGAACCAAAUGAAAAUUUCACCUUUGUACCAUAGCUUAGUUUACACCCACCCACCCCUACCUUUAUACUGCAGCCAGAGCAAGCAAGAGGCACUAUUGGAGUUCAAGGAUACAUAUUCUAACCAUGCAAAAUAAAGGGGGGGGGGAGUUAGGGGUGUGGCCUGGUAAGAGUAAGUGUGGAGUUGGUGUAGCCUUCAUAGAGUUCUGAGGGCCAGACAGGGAGCCCUUAAGGGCCAUGACCACUCUCCUUUAUUUCUGACACAGUAUCCUUGUGGAAGAAUGAGGUGGAGGGGGUUUGCUUUCUGGGUUUGGGGAGAGAGAUCACCCCUUUUUGGAGAUGGGUAGAACUGUGAAUUGAAGUUUUUCUCCAUUUUUAAUUUCUCCAACCAGCUCUCCACAUUUCCACAGCCUGUGGAAGACCGCUAUUCCUUUAAGUUCUCAUGAAAAGUCAUUAGCAUUUUUAUGCACGUUCUCCUAAUUGAUACGUUUGAAAUAUUUUUCCACUAACAGGCAUUGUUUCACAAAACAAUUUCCCCUAAAACAA